GGCUUCUUUCUUGAACCGAAGUUGACCUGUAGACAAUCAACACGAAACAUCUUAAUUUUACAAUAUUCCGUUCAGAAUAUAGCACCAAAAGCCAUGGCUACCGAUACAGAAGACGUUACCACUCUCUUCGCGGAACUUGGAGACCUGGAAAAAGACUUUGCACAGGUCGAACUCGAUGCCUUGAGAAGGAAAGAGUUUGCCCUCAAACCUCUCUACUCGAAGCGCAAAGAGCUGCUCGACAAAAUCCCCGACUUCUGGCCUACCGUCUUCGGCAAUGGACCGGAGGAAAUCCAACAGUUCUUGUCGCCAGAUGACCUUGCUCUGAUUUCCGCAAUCAAAUCCUUCUCCGUGGAGCGAUAUCAAAUUGAGUCGGAAACCGCUGGCGAGCCUCGCAGUCUGCGAUUCACCUUCGAAUUUGCCGAGAACGACUUCAUAGAGGAUACCAAGUUGGUCAAAGAGUUUGAGUACAAGCCUCGGGAUGAUGGCCCUGGUAGUUUGGUGUCCAAACCAGUCGCGAUCAAAUGGAAGAACAAGCGGCGGGACGUCACCCACGGCUUGCUUGAUGCGGCCGUCGAACUUUACCAAGCAGAAGAAGCCCUGAAGCUGAAGAAUGGGGAGAACGAAAUCGACAUUGUCGAGCGGGAGUCGUUGUGGCAGCAUGAAAAGUUGCGCGAAAAGAUGGCCAAGCUGGACGAGAGCCCCGAGCUGGAACCAAGCUUCUUCAACUGGUUCGGCUUCCGCGGCGCCGUCAAAACUCCCCAACCCAAACCAGCUGUUGCGGAGAACGGAGCCAACGGGGCGGAUGAGGACGACGAAGACGACGAAGAUGAAGAGCCAAUGUUGGAAGUCGAGAUCUUCCCGGCUGGUGAAGAGGUUGCCAUCGUCCUUGCAGAGGAACUUUGGGCAGAUGCCAUGGAUUAUUUCAUGUCUGCUCAAGAAGGAUCCGACUCAUCCUCCGAGGUCAAUGAGAUUGUCGACGACGACGAGGAAUCCUCGGAUGAUGACGCCCCGGAGUUGGUUGAGGGCGAAAUCACCACCGAGGUCCAGGAAGUGGAAGAAGAGGAUGCGAAGGAUGACAGACCGAAGAAACGCCAGCGCAAAGACUGAACGUUUGCUGCCUUCCAUUUCCACCUUCCCACAUGUAAUAUCAGUUGUGUGACCGAAUAAGAACCUGUUUCAAGUUUGCAUCUUUUUAAGCCGUCGGGUCAUCCUUUGUGUCUCUCGCAGCCAUUUUCUCGAGUCUUUCCUGCCUUUAGUAAAUUUCGCGGGUUUAUUUCCCACACCUUUUCAAAGCACAAUAACCAAAAUCAGCAGUAUAAUC